GUGGAGAUCGAGAAGCUGGACUACCACCAUUUCCUACCACUGCUCUUCGACGGUUUAUGCGAGACUGCCCACCCUUACGAGUUCUUUGCCCGUCAGGGCAUCCAUGACCUACUGGAGCACGGCGGACCAAAGAUUCAGCCAGUCAUUCCGCAGCUCAUCAUCCCCAUCAAGAAUGCCCUGAACACGAGGAACCGCCAGGUGAUCUGCACCACCCUGAAAGUUCUGCAGCAUCUGGUGAUGUCCGGCGACACGGUGGGAGAAACUCUGGUGCCCUACUACCGACAGAUCCUUCCCAUCCUCAACAUCUUCAAGAACAUGAACAUCAACACUGGAGACGGCAUCGACUACAGCCAGCAGAAGAGAGAGAACGUUGGCGACCUCAUUCAGGAGACUCUGGAGGUGUUGGAGCGUUAUGGGGGAGAGGACGCCUUCAUCAACAUCAAGUACAUGGUGCCAACCUAUGAGUCCUUGUUCGCGGAAAGUGAGUGA